AUGAUUUCUGACGUGGAAAAAGGAUCAACGAUAGAAAAAACAAAACAAGUUUAUCAGAACCUAGAAAUUACUGCCGAUCAUGUUGAGCGAGAAAAAAUAGAAGCACACAAGAACAAAGGAAGCGAGGAUUUCGAAACAAACGGCGACUGCCUCAAAAUAGACGGCGAAUUUCUCGGAAGUCUGAUCGUUUGUCUCUUCGUCUUUGGCAUUUUUGUUUGGCUUCUGUCACUGUCUUUUCCGAAAAGUUCCUGA